UUUUAACAACACUGACUAGAGGUGACUUUAUCAUUAGAGCCACAUGCCCAUACUUGUUGUGUUGUCACAGGUGCAGUAAUUGGAACAGUUAGCUAGCCACCACCCUUACUGUAUGCUGCAGAUCUCAGAUGACUGUUUGCUAACUGAAUUUGCGUUUGGUGGAAGCAAGCUACGGACAAGUUUAUUUUAAAGCAGAAGAAAAAUAACAAAACCGACUAGUAAAGGGACAGCACUGAAGAGGAGGGUUAAAAUGCAGGGACAGCUUUAGAGGAUACAAACUUAUCUAGCUAUACAUUCCCGUGCUACCAAUAUAUAUAAAGGGAUGAAAGCUUUUUCAGCAUGGAGGAACUCAACAGACUACAGAGCCACACUUCAUUUAAGAGAUCUGGGACCGACUGUAUGGCCUCAAACCUCUCCUCUGUCUGCCCUGAUGACUGUACUUAGGCCUCUUCAUCACUGGUGGUUAAAGAGCAAGAAGAGGAUGACAGGAGAGAGGGAUGAAGACAGUUUCCUGUGGGUGAUCGAGAUUCCUCACACUAUCCAAAGACAUGAAAGUCAGAUUAACUCUCACCGAGGGGGUUUCAAUAAUCAUCUGACAAAUAGGUGUGGUGGAUUGAGGCCAGGGACACAGAUGACCCAGGAGCAGUAUAUUCUCGCAGCGCAGCCCAACCCGCUCCAUCAGCGGGGGGCGUCAGUGUGUGGCGCACAGGUUUACCCAGCAGUGGGAAUCUACGGCUGGAGGAAGAGAUGCUUGUACUUCUUCAUCCUCCUCCUCCUCGUCACCAUGAUUGUCAACCUGGCGCUGACCAUCUGGAUCCUCAAAGUCAUGAACUUCACUCCGGAUGGUAUGGGGAAUCUGCGGGUGACCAAGGAAGGCGUCCGAUUGGAGGGAGUCUCCGAAUUCUUAUUGCCUUUAUACGUCAAAGAGAUCCAGUCUCGCAGGGACAGUCCGUUGAUCCUCCAGUCAGACAGAAAUGUGACGGUCAAUGCUCGAAAUGAUCAGGGACAACUGACUGGUCAGCUAACCGUGGGGUCAGAAAUGGUCGAGGCUCAGUGUCAGAGGUUUGAAGUGAGGAGUGCGGAUGGAGAAAGAGUUCUGUUUUCUGCAGAUGAAGAGGAGAUCAGCAUUGGCACCGAGAAACUCCGAGUCACAGGGAACGAAGGCGUGGUGUUCAGCCAUUCUGUAGAGACUUCACAUGUGAGGGCAGAGCCUUUUCAGGACCUAAAGCUGGAGUCGCCAACUCGGACCCUGACACUGGAGGCCCCCAGAGGGGUGGAGGUCAAUGCUGGAGUGGGAGACUUUACAGCAUCCUGUAGGAAAGACCUUCUCCUGCAGUCCUCAGAAGGAGAGAUCUUUCUAGACGCCAACACCAUCAGGCUGGGUAACAUUCCCCUUGGCAGUGCUGUGGACCCCCUGGAGGGUGCACCAGCAGGCACCACCUACACCAAACAGACUGUGUACGAGCUUUGUGCCUGUGCUAACGGCAAACUCUACCUUUCCCCGGCUGAGAAAGGCUCUACCUGCCAAACCACCAGUAACUUUUGUCUCUGGAGCUGAAAUUGGGAGACAGACAAACACCCAGGACAUAUGGACUACUAGAGUUUGAAGCUAAUGCUAGCCAACAUACUGAAUCAACAUCGAUUAUGGCUCUGUGGAAAGCUAAUGCCAGCUAACAGACCGAAACAACAUGGAUUGUAGCAUGGCACGAAGUUCUUGUCUGUUAACCAAUCGUAUCAUAUGGAUUACAGCCUGGCAGGAAGCUAGUGCUUGCUAACGGACCAAAUCAACAUGGACUGUGGCUUGGUGUGAGGCUAAUGCCAGCUAAAGGACCAACUCAACAUGGACCGCAGCUUGGUAAAGAGCUAUUGCCAGCUCACCAACCAAAUUAAUAUGGAUUGGUCAGUAGCCAAUGCUAGUCAAAAGGAUGAAUGACUUGGAAGCAAAAGCCUGACAAAGGUUAGCUGGUGGGUACGAUGCUAUGGCCGCUCAUGAACAUCGAAGGACAGUCUCACUCUGAGGCUCUCGUUGGCUGUCUUUGCCAUUGUUGAAUUGCUGCCAUGAUGGUUUCUGAAAGUCACAAGGAUUUAAUUUUGGGAUGUCCUGAGAACAGCAAACGCAUUUACAAUAAAAAAGUGGGUUGUGUAUUCACUGUAUGAGCGAGAUAUCCUGGAAGACAUACUUCUGCUUUUGUUAGGAUAAACAGAUACGGUCAUGGACUACAGACUCCCAGCAAGGAGACAGGCAGGAACCCCUGGUUAACCUGUCAGUUGGCUAACAGACAUCAAUGUGCACCCUGGUUUUGCCCUUUGGGUCACUAGCAAGUAAAUCAGACAAUGGUUUAGUCUAAUGGGAAGCUGAGGCUAGCUAACGGACCAAUCUAUACCAGAAAGGCCUUCCCCCUCCUCCCCCUCUAGUCUCUCAACCCAAACGUUGACAUGUGACCCACAUUAAUCUACACCUGAUAGAGAAAAUGCCCUCUGACCCCACUUUUCAUAGGAUGACUAAUGCAAAUAAUUGUGCUAACACCUUGCAUUCACAAUCUUUUUCCCCAUUUAUUUUUUACAACUGCUUUUAUUUUAUUUUAGUUCAGAUCAAAUGUUUUGCAUGUUAUCUCCUGGUAUCUUGUUGUUUUUCAUUUAAACAUCUCUGAAAACCUGUAUCUGUCUGUAAUUUGCAGCUUUAUCUUUUCUUUAUGAUUUAAUUAUUUUGUUCCGUAUGCGCAUCUACGUACACUGGACUGGUAACAACAAGGUUACUCUGCCUAUUCACUCUUUCCACCAGUCUGGUUUCAAAAAACACUGGCCUUUUUUUUUUUCUUAAUCUCUUUUACUAACUAUCACAGCUGAACCAGACGCAGCAUCUCUCACCAUCUGUUCUCACACCUUUUGGUGUCCAUCUUUUCUUCUUUUUUUUUUUCAGGGGUCAUUAUUUCCCAGCAUAUGAUCCUUAUUUUGUCAGAGACAGAAGAAAGUGAGAUAAGAAAAAAGAAGAGAACAGCGAGUUAAGUCUUUCAGAUAAGUGAGGGUUCAGGUGGGUGCUAUAGCAAACACACAGAGCCAAACCUUCAACCAGGCAGAGGCCGCAUUCAGAUGAUGGCCAGACCAAAUGUGGUCUUGUUAUGGAGUAUUAUGUAUGCUUAUCUUGUGUUCCCUGUCGUCACUCUUCUUUGUCACUUUUUUUGUGCAGCCUUUCUUGUGUGACCUUCAUUGAGAGAAGAUUCUGCUCUUUGCUAUCACUCUCCUUAUUCUACCUUCUUUGCUGCAGUACUUUUACUUUCAUUAUAUCUUACUCAGCCUGCUCAGCACUCUCUAUAAUCUAUCUAUAGUUAAAAUUCUAAACAUUUCUUAUUUUGUUAUCUUGUGCUUCAUCACAUACCCAUCACUCACCAAAAGCUGUUGACAUCUUAUUUGUUUUACCUUCACUCUUUAAUCUCCUUUGGCCAUCCUAAAGUCAAAUAUCAGGAAAAAAUGUUCCCUCAGUCUCACACUAUACCCCCUUUCAAAAGUCAUGGAACCUACAUCUGAAAAGUAAAGAGUCCAGAAUAUUAUUUUGGGGGUUGUCUUUUAUGUAUUCAAUCAGUCUCAGAUGGGGGGAUCAGUGUGAAUGGCCUCCACUUGGCUAACCUAGCGCCCAACCUCUGCCAUGGCUGGAAAUAAUAGGAAAACAGCAAAUUUGCGUGGCAGAGAUCCCCCUGGUGGAAAAUGAUGAAUGGAUUUUGGUUAUAUGUGUAUGGACUCAACUGGAUAAAGGCCCUGAGGCGUACUUUCUUUUUUAAAACAAAGUGAUACACAGGUGCCUUUGCUGCUGUUGGUAAAAGCACAUCACAGUCUGAACGUUCACACUACCCUCAGUGGACCAUCUGCAAGUGUCUCUGGAAAAAACUAUGUAUUUAUCAAUCUACCUAUCUAUCUAUUUAGUUUCCUGUCUUUUUCCUCCCCCUCUCUCCUGGUUUUGUAGAACUCUCAGUAUAUCCAGCUGAAAAAAAAAGAACAAUUCAAUCCUGGUUUAAAGUUUAAUUUUUCUGAUGUGUUCCCUAUGGUUUUAUUCUUGAUAAUAAAAAAGCACAAAUUAUGCCAUGUAUAUAACAAUACCUAUCAAAUACAAAAUAAAAUAAUAUUGUUUUUAAAGAUAAUCUUCGGAGUCUUUGUAACUAUCACUUUAAUGUUU